AUGAAUACGUCGCAGAAUAAAUCGAAUCGACAAUUCAAUGUUGAUGACGAUCAAAAUGCAAUGGCUGAUUUUGUUACUGAAUUUACGAGAUAUCGAGGUAUUGGUCAUGCUAUAUCACGAAAAGAUUUUCAAGAACGUAAACAUCGUGCUGAAGUUAUUCUUCAUUCUCGUCGACAAGGUCCAAUACCAAUAAUUAGUGAUACAUUAACUGUUAUCGAUACAUUUGCUAAAGAACUUGCUUCUCGUGAAGAAGCUAAUCGAACUACUCAUAUAUUAACAAUUAUUUUCAUACGUGAUAGAAAUAGUUUCGGUCAUGAAAUAUCAGCAUACAUUGACUAUGCACACCGAUUAAAAUUCGAAGAUUUUACACAAUUUUUCAUUGGACAAACUAAACUUGAACCAUUAACAACUGAUUUAAGUUUUUAUAAUUGGGAUACACAUAUGUGUAUAUCGAAUGAUACAAAUAAUUUUCGUUUAUUACCAGAUGUUAAUGGAAUAAGAUUUCGAUGUGAACAUGAUAGAAAAAUUGUUUAUGUUGAUCCAGAAUCAAAACAUUAUGGAGAUGGAACAACGAGAACAAUUAUAUAUGCUACUGGAUAUUUACAAGUUAUUCUUUAUGUAAAUUUUCAAGUCUUUACUCUUUUUAUUGUAUCAUUGCUGAAACUUUGA